UGAAAAAAAUACAGUGUACUAUAAAAAGACUCCAAAUAUGAAGAGAUGUAUAUUUAUUGACUAAUUGUAAAGAAUUUAUAGCGCAUGCGUCAUAUUCAUUGUUGUCAAUGACUUCACAACCUUAAGAUGUCAUUUGAUACUUUAACCGAUGACAUCGAUUACCAAAGUCUUAAAUUUGAAGAAAUACAAAGACUUGAGGAACGUUUAAAUGAAUACAAAGUGCCAAAAAAUGUAGCUAUCAUAGGACCUCCAAGAGUUGGAAAAUCUUCCCUUAUGAACUCGAUUAUAGCAAGUUUUUCCUCCAAAUGCUGGCGAGAGCGGACUAGGGAAGGAUUCGUUGAUCAGCCAGGGGAACAAGUGACGCAUCAUCUUAUCAAAAUUACAAAGAAUGAAUAUCUGGGUUCUGAGAGACAGAAGAGUUAUCCAUAUCCAACUCUGAUUGACAUGGAUGGGUUCGAUGACGAGUCCUCUGAUGAAGUAAAGGAACAACUCAGAUACGUUUUGUUUGGCGUGGUACCAAAUGAGGAAAACAUAAAAGAUACUAUUAGGGUCCAUACAUCUGAAGGAGUAAGGGGAUUAAGGGAAAUUUGUGAACAAGAGCAGGAGCAUCAAAGGAUGGACUGUCUCAUUUUUGUGGCAUCAUCAGUAGAUUUACUACCAUGUAAUCUGAUGGAAGCAAUCAAACAGAUAACACUAGAGGAGGAAAGAGAUGUACCAGUAUUUGGUGUGCUAACAAAGAAAGACAAAUGUAAUCCUGAUGAGACAGAUUCAAAAAAGAAAGAAUUCUGUUCUAAACUUGGCAUUUCAGAAACCCGCUCUCUUCUUUGCACAAAUUACUGUGGUGAUUAUGACAACUACAAAGGACAGUCUCGCGUUAAUCGACUUUAUCCAGAGCUUGAUGUACCCAUCCUAACCUUUAUGACACAGGUGUGUGAUCCUUGGAUCAAGGUUAUUCGCGACAAAGCUUUGCCUGUGAGAUCUAAAUCUAAAUUUUCUGCAAAGACUGACUCCGUUUCCACAGGAUCUAGAUGGAAAGUCGUUGGAUGUGGAUUGAUCAUCAUGGGGGUUGUCAUUUUUACCAUGUACAAGUAUGUUAAGAUACGAUGACUUAUUCUUUUACAAAGUUUAUUCAUAAACUAUGAAUUUUUCCAUCCCUGGAGUAAAGAAUUCGUGGUGUAACACAAAGAUAACUCUUGUUUGUUGUGAUUAUCAUAGGCAUGGACUUAGUGAUGCCUCAGAUUAUCAGAAUGUUACUGUAGCAGCAAUCAAAAUAGUAUUAUUCUUGCAAAAUGUCUUAAUUUUUUCACAUUUUCUUUUAACAAACAAACAUUUUUUUAAGUAUUUUCAAGUAAUGUAAGAUUUUUUGAUACAACAGUUAUUUACACAAUUUAAUGAAAAGUUUAAAUAUUUGAAUAGAACACAUGUACAAAUCAUGCUACUACUGAGUGAGGCUACUACUCAGUGACCUAAAAUGAAAAGAUGUCCUGCUUGU